AUGGAGAGGUGGGUGGCUUUUUGGGUGUUGAACGAGGGGGGCAGGGAGGGUGGAGGGUUUUUGGUGAUGGGAUCCUUUGAGGCGGUGAUGGUGUUGAGAUCCUUCGGGGGUGGUGUGGUGUUGAGGAUCCUUCGAGGUGGUGGUUGUGUUGAGAUCCUUCGAGGUGGUGUUGUGGUGAGGGAUCUGUUGCUGGUGGUGGUGGUGUUGAGAUCCUUCGAUGUGUGGACGGUGUUGGAGCUUCGAGGUGGUGGAGGGUGCUGA